AUGCAAAUCAAUUUUGACACCACUAAGCUAGCACUUCUGAUUGGUAUCAGUGACUAUUGUUCAUAUUUCAAAGGUAGAGAUGAUAUUAGCCAAGAUUAAAAGUAGUAAAAUAUGAGUAAAUGUUUGAUUGAUGUGAGAAGAAUGAAAAAUGCUCUUAAAAGAUAUGAUUUUGAUGUAGUUGUGCUAGAAAAUAUUAAGUAUUCUGACUAUCUUAAAGAAAUUGACAAAAUCAAAGAUAUGAUAAAUCUUGGUUAAUUAUAUGUAUACUUUUCAGGAUAUUUUAUUGAUGAUGAUUCCAAGGAGCUAUAAGAAGAAAAAUAAAUGGUAAUUCUUGCAGAUGGAAGAACGAUUUCCCUUUAUGAGGAAAUUAAGAAAAAUGGAGUGAAAAAAUCAGUUGAUAUAUUCAUCUUUGCUGAUUGUCUAAAACUGACUAAAAAUGAUGAAAACACUUUGGACAACUAAGGAAUAUUUAAUUUUUCUUAUGAUAAGCAAAAGCUAAUGUAUGCCCAUUACAGAUAAACAAAAUAUGAAUAGAAAUUUGACACAGAUUGUGAUCAAUCUGUGAUUACUGCAGUAUUCUAAGCAAACAUCUUGCAUUACAGGGCAGACGUCAUUAUGAAUGCGCUUCAAUUUAAGAAUUAUUUAUGUAUGACCCAGUUUAUGUUUCAAAAUGAGAAGUAGCAGGACAAGAUACUUUCUAAAUUUAGUUCAAUUUUCACAAAGAAAUAUGAAAAGAAAAUCACCUUUUUAGAUUUAGAAAAGUAAUAAAUAAAAAAGAAUUAAUGCAAUGAAUUAAGUAUGGAAUACAUAGUUGAGACUACUGACAUAUCAAAUUAAUACUGUUAAGUAAUAAAUGAUAUUCCUAUAUCUGAUUGGGUAUUUGAUGGAUGUACUACCUAGAUAGGAUUAGUUUAACCUUGUCAUUUAGUAAUAGGAUUUAAUAUAUAAGGAUACUAUUCAUCUAAAGAUAAUAGAAUAGUUCUAGUAAGCUAUAAUAAAGAAAGCAAAAUUUUCACAAAGAUUUGGUCUUGCCAUUAUUUUAACAGCGGCAGAGUCGAUUAAAUACACACAAAUUUUGUUAACAAAACUUAAAAAUGGGAGUUAACAGUAAUUGGAAAUCAUGAAUCCUAGAGUUAUGCAAACUUUUAUAUCUAUGAUUUUGAUCUAAAGAAUAAAAGCUGCAAAGUAAACAGUAAAUAAGGACCUUAGUAUCACGCUAAAUAACUUUUAGAUAUUAAGUACACCAAGCGUAUCAAUGAUGAUUACAUCUUAUGCUAAUAGAAAUAUAAUCUAACCAUUUUUUCUGUCAGGAGCAAAUAUUAGUAUAUGUUCUAGUUUAACAAAAACAAUAGCACUUAUGUUGAUGCUUGCUAAAUAUUUAUUGAUAAGGAUUCAGAUAGGUUUUACUGGUUAAUUGUUCAUGGGUCAGAAAUUUAUUUAUGCGAUUAUUAGGAUUAGAAUAGAUAAUACAAAAUAUAUCAAUCUUAUUACAAUUCGCUAAGUUUUAAUCAUGGAAUAAUUGAAGUUGAUAAGAAGUAAUAAACAGAAAAAGAUUAAGGCAAUUUCAAGUUAGUUGGAUGGGGCUCUUCAGGGAAUAAAUUAUAAGCUUUUUAAAUUGACCCUGAAAUAAUUGACUACCUUGAAUUAAAAUAUAUAGGUAAAAACAAUACUUGA